AUGGAAAAGUCAUUAGUUUCAAAACCAUUUUGGAUCGAUGAAAAACACAAAUUUAUCACAAAAUUUAAUAAUUCAAAUAUGUUAGAAGCCACAAAACCGAAUGGUAUUUCAAAUAAAUUGAAUUAUGAAAACGAUAUGAUCUACGAUGUGGUGAUAGUCGGAACUGGAUUAAGUGGCGUUUCAACUGCUUUUUGGCUCAGAAAACUAUAUGAUGCAGAAAAAUUUCCCAAAAUAUUAAUUUUGGAAAAAAAUAAUCGAUUAUGUUCUGGAGCAUCGGGAAAAAAUGGAGGUUUUCUUUGGCCAAAUACUGAUUCGUUGUACGAUUAUGUCGAUCGCUAUGGUGAACGAACGGGUUAUGAGAUGGUCGAAUUUGCUCAUAAUAAUGCUGUCGAAUUAGAAAAAUUUGUAAAUGAAAAUAACAUAGAGUGUGAUUUAAACUUGAAAGAUGGAAAUCUUGCUUUAGCUCGAACAAAAGAUGAGUGGUUAGAGUUGGUUUAUUCAUUGGAUUUAGUGAAAAAAUUUGUAACACAAUAUCCUAGAAGUACAAUGAAAAUGGAAAAUUUUGAAUUAUGGGACCAUGAUAAAUGCACAGCUAACAUUCAUAGCAACAAAUUUAUUGGUGGUUUAAUGAUGAAAUAUAGCGGUACAUUAUGGACAGCAAAACUAGUUUAUGGGAUAAUUAAGUUAAUUUUGAGUAUGAAUGUACAUAUUCUGACCAAUGCAAAAGUGGUUAAAGUUGAUUCAAUCGAAAUGGUGCCCACAAUUAGUAAGCUUUCCUUAGAGAAUGGAACUAUAAUUUGGGCUAGAAAUGUUGUUCAUGCUACAAACGCUUAUAUGACAGAAUAUAUCAAUUUUGUUCGAGAUAAAAUAAUUCCUACUCGUGGUCAAUGCAUGAUAACAAAACCGUUGGAGAAAAGCUAUUGGACAUACGGUAUGUCGGCAAAUAAUGGUCGCGAAUAUUACCAUCAAUUGAAAGAUAAUCGAAUUGUGUUUGGAGGAUGUACAAAGGAAAAUGCAAGUGAACAUAAAAGUAUGGAUGAUAGAGAGAUAAAUGCCGAAGUUAGAAGAGAACAUGAAUUGUUUUUUGAACAAUGGUAUCCGAAUAUGACAACUAAAAUCGAAAUUGAACAAGAAUGGGCAGGUGUUAUGGCUUGCACAGUGGAUAAACUACCGCUUGUGGGCAAAUUACCGAAUUCAAAGGGCAGAAACGAAUUCAUUAUUGGCGGCUAUAACGGAGAUGGUACACCGAAUGCUUUUCUGUGCGGUAAAGCGAUUGCAAGGAUGAUUGCCAAUGAAAGUCCGUUUCAAGAAGGUGAAGGAAAAGGAACAGUUAGCUUUGUCAAAGCAUAUCUACCUGAUCGUUUUCUGUUGUCAUAA